AUUCGGGCAGCUUAGUAAAUCAGGAAAGUUACUAGAUCAAGGUGUCGAGACAUAUAUCUAUGACGUAUACGACAUUCUGUAGUUCCAAAACAUGGAUUUUCUCGGUUACGUUCGUAAUUAAAUGAUUAUUGUUUUUUAGCUUGUUUUGACAAACGAAGCAUUGAGUUUUAUCCGUGUGUUAAGAGAAUCGUGGCGAUUCUGUACAAUGAACGUUUUCUUUGCAGUACGAAAAUAGGGAAUGUGUGUAUGCCUAUAGUAGAUCUGCCAUGAUAGAUCCGAACGCGUCUUCGUCUUAUUCCAAAAAAGUCAGAGAUUGCUAGCAAAAUGCGUGAUUUGUAUUGUCAGGAGAGCUUCUUUAAGUAACAGUACGAAUUGCAGAAUGGUGGUGGAUUGCUUAUCCAUUCAAGGCUCAGCAGCUAUAGUUCGGAAGCAGGAGCGUAGAUUAGGUGGGUCAGUGGGUGCAAAAAUGCAACCUAACAAUGUUGGCGGUGGCGGUGGCAUGACACCCAAAGAACUAUCUGACAACGAUGACCUAGCUACUUCUCUUGUGCUAGAUCCUUACUUGGGGUUUACCACCCAUAAAAUGAACAUCAGGUAUAGGCCAUUGAAAGCAAAUAAAGAUGAACUUCGUAAAAUUAUUUGUGAAUUUAUUCAAACCCAAAAUUAUGAAAAAACGUACAAAAAAUUAAUGGGUGGGGACUGGGGUGCACGACUUCCACACACAAAAUCGAAACAACAGCAGAUAAAUUUGGAGAAACAUAUUUACCGAUAUUUAAGAGUUUUUGACAAGGACUCUGGAUUUGCAAUAGAACCUUGCUAUAGAUAUACUUUAGAAGGUCAAAAGGGUGCAAAAAUUUGUGCUACUCGUAAAUGGUUGAAACAUGAGAAAAUAUCUUGUCUUGUUGGGUGUAUUGCUGAACUUAGUGAAAAGGAGGAAGCAGCAUUAUUGCAUCCUGGAAAAAAUGAUUUCUCUGUAAUGUUUAGCUGUCGAAAAAAUUGUGCACAGCUAUGGUUAGGUCCAGCAGCAUACAUUAAUCACGAUUGCAGAGCUAACUGCAAGUUCGUAGCAACGGGACGAGAUACAGCUUGCGUUAAGGUUCUUCGUGACAUUGAAGUGGGAGAAGAAAUUACAUGCUUCUAUGGAGAGGAUUUCUUUGGGGAUGGUAAUUGUUAUUGUGAAUGUGAAACUUGUGAGAGGAGAGGAACUGGAGCUUUUGCAAAUCAAAAGCCUGGAGAAGAACUUUCCUCUGGAUAUCGUUUAAGAGAAACAGACAAUCGUAUCAAUCGCACGAAGCAUAGGCAACAACCGAUAUGUCGCAAUAAACAGCAAACCGAUACUGCACUCACAGAACGAAAUGCAGUGCUUAGUAAUGCCGCAAUAGCGCCACAGAGUCUUAGCAUGAAGGAAUUACGAAGAAAAGGAUUAACAAAAUAUGAUGCAGAAUUGUUAAUUGCACAGGGAUGUCGAUUCUCUGAUAUUACUCAGCAGCAGCCUAUAAUAAACAAUGGUGAAAACGUGUUACAAUCAUCUCGACCUCAUCCUUCCGCCAUUUCUAAUUCUGUGACAAGAAAUUUACGAAAUAAACAGCUAAAUAAAUUUGACAAUAACAAUGGUCAUCAAAAUAAUGUCAAAAGUAAUCAAACUCUUAGAGCAUCCAGGCUUCAUAAAAGGACAGAAACCAAAAAGAGUAGAGUUUCUGAAAAAACUAGAUCUCCUUGUUUAAAUGGUUCCAUAGUAAAAAAUAUUGAAGUAGAAGAUAUAAGUCAUCGUAAAGAAGAUUCUGACAGAGUGGAAGUAAAUGGAGAAGAAAUGUAUUCAAGGCUACAUAAGCCUCUUGAGAGUACCUUGGACGAAAAGAUUCACAAUGUUCCCCAUGUUCAAGCCUCUCCUCGCGAUACACCGGAACAAUCAACUUGUUCGAAUUUUCAAAGAGAGUGUUCACCUACAUUUGUCAAAGAUAGCAGAGAAUUGGAUAACAAAUUGACGAACGAAAAAGAAGUAACCGAUAUUACUAUAGAAUCGAACUCUAAUUCGGUAGAUAAUGUUAAUGCUUCCGAUUCUAUACAAAAUCAUUAUAGUACAAAUACCUGUGAUUCAGUUCAGAUAAGUUCUAUACCUGAAACUCGUUUAAAUCAUUUUUGCGAGGUUAGCAACAAAGAAUUAAUUUCGCAAGAAAACUGUCAACCAAGAAGUUAUCGUUACAGUUUAUCCUCAAUGACAAAUUCUGAAGACAUAAAGAAUGUUUCUACACUAGCAAUUGAGUCGGGAAAAUGUGUUAAAAAACUUCUAGAUUUCGAAAAGCAAGAUUGGAACAAAAAGGAAGAAAAUAAUUCCGAGAGUACGCACGAGGAACAUUUUUGCGAAACUAAAGAACAGAAGUCUCCAAUUCAUGUUAAGUCGCCCAAAAAUUUAAAAUUUACCGAAACUGACACAAUUAUCUCUACAUCACUCAAUGGACAGAAAUCUGAUAAGGAAUGCAAAAGACAUAACCUCGAUAAUUCGACAUUGGUCAAGUAUUCGGUAGAAAAUGGAACAGACCAAUUGGAUACGUCUUUCUCGGAUACCGUAAAAUCAUCGAAUAAGAAUGAAUUUAACGACAUAAGUUUUACUAAAGAAAAUUUCAAUGUAGAAAAUAACGAAGAGAACGAUUUUGGAUGUCGUAAUACAGUACUAGCUCAUCAAAAUGAUUUAAUAAUUAAAAACAAUGUAUACAUAGUAAAUGUCGCGAAUUCUUCUGAAAUGAAAUUUGGCAAACCCGAUAUAAUCGAAACUUUAACAACGGAUAUAGAUUCUCGAAUGCGUCCAUGUAAAGAAAGUAAUACAAAUUUCAGUAUAAUGGCACCUAAUAUUUACAGUGACACUACCACUCAUAACAAUUUUGAAGGUAGUCGCAAUUUUAUUUUGAAACAACCCGUGCAAAUGGACGAAAUGCCGAACACGAUGUUAAGAUCUCACAAAAGUAGGAAAAAGCUUUUAAGUGAUAAAAAGUCCAUAAAUUCUGGUUCGAAAGAAAAAUUAGGAAUCGCCAUAGAACAGAAAACGUCUGACAAUAUAAUUAGAUCUAUCUCGAAAACUCGUAAAGUUGGAAAAACAAAAAGCAGAUUAACAAGAAAUCAAAAAAGGGAUCGGCAAAAAAUAGCAACCGCCGAAAUCGGCGUAGCUGACGAUGAUUCGGGUAUUCAAGGUGAUAUCUAUGAAUUUAGUGAAAAAGAAAGCAAUUUGGAGGAUAUUAGAAUACCGUCAAUAAUGCGACGAGGUAAACAAGAAACUCGCCACACAUCCGUACUUGCAUCUCAUUUACAAGAAAUGCAAUACAAUGACGAAUGCAAUAAAACCGAGCCUCCAGUAUUAAUUCCGCAAGAACCAUGGCCACCUGCUAGUUGUAAUCAAAAUCAGUCAGCAGAUUCAGAUGGCAGUAGCCAAUCAAGAGAAAAUUCUGUUGAUAGCGAAAGUCGGAAGAGAUUAUCAACUUAUAAUAACGACAGUGUGCAAAAGUCAACGACUCUCUCAGAGUGUCAAUGGCAAACGAAUAAUUCAAAUUGUCAAGUUUGUCCAACUACUCCAGAAAGAACCGGCAGAUUAAAACUUACACUGCGCAUGAAACGUUCACCAGUUUUAGAAGAUAUCGUGGAAUCAGGCACAAGUCUUAGUGAAGAUAGUUACGAACCUGAAUACGAAGUAUUACGUGUAGAAGGCGUCGAAAGAAGUAGACGUAAAAAAAAACAUAAAACUCGGGAUCGCGAAAGACGGCACAAAAAGCGCGAUUUAAACCUUGACCCUCCUCCGCCACCGAUGAAAAGGUUGCGUUUGAUUUUUGGCAAUGAAACACAUACCAUUGAUUUUCCGCAUUCUUAACAGCUAUAAAUAAUAAUUCAUGGUUUUAUUCAGAACAAAAUUGUAAACACAAUGUAGGUGUGUGAAAACAGGCCUCCUUGUCCUGUAAUAUUAUUGACUUUUUAGAGGUCUCACAAAAGGUAGGAAAAGACUUUUAAGUGAUAAAUGUCGUCAAAAGAUUCAGUAUAGGGUUUCGAGGAUAAAAUUAGCAUCUUUUAUUCUUGCGUUACUCUUUACUGUUUACAAUUUUUCCUUGCCUCUUAUUCUUCUAACAACGAAUGGUUAAAGGCCUAGUAAAGUUUUUCUCAAAGGAAAAAAAAAGCAAAAAAAUAUUCGUUAAUUUAUUUGCUAUUCAGUGAAUACUUAUCUAACAAUGUUGUAUAGUUCUAUCCGAAAUAGUUUACACAUAAUUAUUUUAGUACAUCACUCGUUCAUAAUAAAAACUAGCAUCGUAUUUUAUCUUCAUGAUAAUUCACUUCUUCAUUAAUAUUUGUGUGUACAUAAUUUUGAUAGAAGAGACUGGCUUCAUAACCUAUGGUCUUUCAAAACCGUUUUAUUUUUACCAUUAAUAAAUUUAUUUCACUAAACAAUUUUUUACUAAUAAAGUAUUUAUAUCAUACGCAAAAUUUACAUAUAAUAAGGGUAAUGAACAAAUUCAGACGUUGAUGAUGAAUCCUUCCUACAGUUACAAAUCGGGAAGGGAAAUAUUGAGUUGAGCUAUUUCUAAGAACUAUUUCCGUAGAUAAAGAGGACAAAGGAGGAAGAUCCAUACUCUUAUACUAUGUAUAAUAAUAGUAAUUAUUAUGAUAAUUAAAUGAUAAUGAUAAUAAUUAAAUAAUUAAAUUAGUUAAAUACUAGGUAGCACAUAUUAAUUGCUGUUCUCGGAAUGCGUGAUCGAUAUCAUGAAAACAUUGUAAAUACUGCUUAUAUAUAUAUGUGAAUACAUACAUAUAUAUGCUUGUACGUGUAUGUGUAUACAUAUGCAUGUAUACAAGCAAUUUUAUUUCAUCCACGAUCCAUGCAUAUGUAUGUACUUAUACGUGAAAUUCAUUACUAUAUUCUGCAUUUCGAUGUAUUACGAUACCUUGACACCAGAUGAACAAGUACUCACGUUACACAUAAAUAUCGUAUAUCGAAUACAACGGUUGCAAAUAUAGUGAGGGAAUAAUCUUUACUUAGCGUGUCAAGUUAAAGGGGAUUAGUUACAAUAAUAAUAAGAAGUGUAAGCAAGUAAUUAUCUCUUUAACGUGGUUUCUCAUGUUGAAUACGAGGAACGGAACUUUACCGUUAACAGUUUUUUUAUGUCUAGAGAUGUCGUUUCAGUUAUGAAACAAAUUAAAUCGUUGAGGCUUAAAGCUAAGUUGGAGAAGUUGUGCGAUUUUACAAGUAUUCAGAUCUGAGAAGUUCAGUAGGACAAUUUUAUAUUCACUAGUUUGUUUCGUUCACUUUUUCAAAAUAGUUAUCAUCCGUGCUGUACUUCUAAACUUUCACACUUUCCCAACAAAGUAUCAUAAUUAUCAGUUUUGCAAAUCUUACGCGUUUAAUGUGAAUUUUUACUCUGCCAAUAUUGUAACAAGAAAACCAUUAUUUAUUUUGCACGAUCAAUUGGAUUUACAUACUGAAACCAUGAGAAAAACAAUACAUACCAGGACAACUAUUAAGUUGUAAUAGUCACUCAAAUUAUUCAUAUUUCUAGCAACAUUUUCUAUAUACAAUAUACAAUGGGAUAACUUUCAGGAAACAUAUAUUUAAUGACAUUUUCAAUCCCCAUUUUAAUUUGUCGCCUUUUGAAGUGCAUUUCAGCUUUGUAUGUAGAUCGAGACUCGCCAUUAAGUAAAUAUGUAAAACAUUCGAAGAACAUUAUAUAACUCAAGAUUAUACGAGUUGCCAAAGUCAGUUCUAUUGACAUAUUAAAAACGUUUUUGAUAUUUUUGUUUGUCAGUAGUAUAAAGCUGAAAAAUACUUUAAAACAUGGUGACUAGUCGAGAGUAAAACAAUGUUCCGGUGAAGUAAGCAGUCGAAAGUUUAUUUUCUCAUUCGUUCGUAUAGUAUAACGUUUCCUUCAUGUAUAUCUAUUGUUAAAUUUUCAUCUAGCAAAAUACGGUCAUGGCCGUCGAAACGUGUCGCGGACAAAUUGCUGUACAUUUGUAUUAAAUAUAUGUAUAUCUUUCUCUCUCUUUUUCGUCCUGUGUUUAUCAAUAAGAUGUACGCGUAACACGAAAAAGGAUCACGGCUUUCGAAAGAUUGAUCAAGAGGGAUAUAGCAGGUGAAGAAAUCAGUAUUAGAUCAAUUAACGCUACGUUUUAAGGGAGACCAGCCAUGUUCAUAAACGAGGUUUCAAAAAUGACUAUCGAAUUAAUUAACGACGAUUAUUCCUACAUUGCGCAAUAGAGCAUUUAAAAUAACGUUAAGAGCGUUCUGUAAUUUAACUUAAUCAUUAUAUGAAAUAGGAUGUAAUUUUUUCUUGAUAGUAUGUCCGUUAAUCGAUCUAUAAACAUUCUAUAAGAUUUGUGAUAAAACUAUUGUAUUAUUCUCUAUUAACUAUUCUUAUUCUAACGUAGAGCCAUCAUAGUCACCACUUUUUUCUCUAAGAUUUUAGCGAGUUGUCAAACACCAAUCGCAUUGACCGAAUUAUUAAAACCUACACGUACUUUUAGAUAUGUUAAAUAGCAAGAUCUGUCUACGGUAAAAGAAAAGUGCAAAUAACCGUUUUUUAGAAUUCCGCUCCAUCAGACAUUAAAAUUGGAUUAUACUCGUCUUCUAGAACGAAACCAAAAAUUCGGAUCGUUUUCGAUCCGAGUAUUUCAUCGUUGCGUGUUUAAUGAAAUUGUAGUGAAUAAUUUCGAUGUAGUAAUGUGUAAUUUUUGCUAGGAAAAAUCAAUGGAAUAUCAACUCGCCGCGAGCUGCGACAAAAUGUUCUCGCCAAAACUUUAGCGAUGAUUAUUUAAAUGCAUAUAUUUUUUGGACGGGUGGUUGGGGCGAGGAUUAGAUGAAUUGUAUCGAUAAGGGAACUGACGAACGAUUGCGACUCGUUAAAAUUAAUUUGAGUGCCCUUCAAUGUUGAGACUAGCGCACUUUCAAAUGUAUUUAACGAGAAAAAAAUGCAAAAGAUUUCGAACGAUUAUAAAUCGAAAUGCGUUUACAACUCAAACAAGUUUUUUGUGUUUUCAUAUGUAUAUGUACAUAAUGCAUGGCAUGUGUGAUGUAUCCACGCAAAUUGUAUCCUAACUAGUGCGAGCGCGCAAAUACACACACACAGCCAUGGCUUAAGAGUGAAGUUUUUUAGUUUUGUUCAGCUUGAAGGUACUCUUUGCUUUCCGUUAUCGGGCAGCUUUCCUCUCACUGCCAUUAUAAAAUUGUUAAUUCUCUCAUUAAAUUUAAUGCUCGUCGUUCUUAAAUUAAUAAAUACAAAGUUCAUGAAUACAAAGUGCAAUGUUACAAUAGCUAUCAUAAGUGAAACUUGAGUACAUGACGAAUACUAAUUUUAAUUGAAAAUUAAGUCUCGAGACUUAGUUUUGAUAAUUUAUAGAACUUACAGUUUUGAACGUAUGCUGUAACCGUGUUAUCAUUAUUAUAAUUGUACUAUCUUUGUUGAUCGAAAAAAACAAAAGUGUAUAUUAUCAUUAUUAUUUUCUACGAAUUAAGGUAUAAUAAUAAAUGAAUUGCAUAACCCAAUGUAUGUAUUUAUUGCUUGUCACUCGGUACAAUGGACGGCAAUAUAUUACAAUUUUAUCAUAACGUAAUUACGUAGAUGUACGUAAAUAUAUUCGUGUCAAAUUACACAAGUUCAUGUAUAUACACGAAAUUUUGCGUGAUGCAAAAUGUAAGGCGAUAAAAUACUGUACUGCUAUGUGAAUUAAAUAUUGAGCGCAAUGCGUAUGUAUAUAGUUUUUGUUUAUGGAUAGUAUAUAUCUAUUUGUAAUAUUUAUUUUGUUAUUUGUUGCGAAACGAAUAUUGAGUUAUAUGAGAAACUUAACAUUUGUAUAGAGGUACAUGAUUCAUGUUUAAUUAUUUAUAUAAUUACGAAGAAUUCAUGCAUAUCAAAUCAUAUGAUCUUAAAUUUGCUUCCAGUUAAAUGGUAUCAUCAUAGAGGAUGUUCUAUUUGUUAUACGAUCUUUG